UAUCCUUUUCCUGUCCCAAUGAAGACCUCCAUUUUACUCUUGAUUAUUUCGAUUUCUCGCGCUACAAACUCGUUUCUGUUUAGAAGAGUUUCUCUGGAUGACGACGAUAGAGACAGGCCUGCAGCAAGUACCGGCCAUUCUCUGGUAGCUCGCAGGAACUCGCUGUGGUUGUUCGGAGGAAUCAUCGAGUGGCACAGUAAGCAAGGAGAGAAGGGGAGGAUUCAAUAUGGUCAUGUGUUGUGGCAAUUUGACCGAGAGGAUGGAGUGUGGGAGCGAACUAUUGCAUCUGGAGGUUCGACUCACAGGAGACUUGAAGAGAACCAAACGGUUGAACUUCGUCACAUGGGAUUUAUCAUAAAUGGAACAGUUCAGUCUACAAAUAGAAAAGACAAAAUGGUUGACGUGGAAAUUGAAGAAUAUCCAGGACAUCACCAGACAAUCGCUGUCUCAAAGCAAGACAUAUUGUAUUACCCUCCACCAAUGAACAUGCAUGUAGCAGUUGUGCAUGGAGAAAAACUACUGUAUGUUCAUCCUGGAAAAAGCAAGUCAGGAAAACCGAUUUGCCAAGUGUGGGCAUAUUCAUUUGAGAAGGACGUGUGGACUCAAAUCCACUGGAGAACUGGAUCACCAGAACCUAAACCACGAGAAAUGCAUGCAGGAGUGGCAAUGGCUGGUGGUUUAUUGAUUUAUGGAGGAAAUAAAGGGAGACACAUUUACAGUGAUUUGUGGCAUUUUUCAUUUCAAAAUGCCCAUUGGACAGAAAUUAAGUCAACAGGAGAGACACAAGCUCCUGCAAUAUGGGGUCACUCUACAAUAGUUUAUGAAGGCGAUAUGUGGAUAUUUGGAGGACGUGACUCUGAUCACUGUCUUUCUCAAUUAUGGCGUUUCAAUUGGAACAACAAGAUGUGGGUAAAUGAAACAGAUAAAAGCAGCAUCCAGCCACCUCCACGGAAAGGUCAUUCAGCAGUAACAUACUCUCAUUGUAUGAUCAUAUUUGGAGGACACGACAGUGGAGCAAGCACUGGAUUUAUGAAUGAUCUGUGGGUAUAUGACUUCAACCAAAGCGAAUGGCAAGAAAUCAAGAUGGAGAGAGAUGACAAGCCUCCCCCACGAAACUUCCACAAAGCAGCCAUUUUGGCAAGCGAAAUGUUCAUAUUUGGAGGAAAUAAUGAUGAUGGACUUCUGAACGAUUUCUGGUCUGCAGAUUUCUCAGACAUUUGCUGACUCAAGU